GAGCCAGGGACGUAGCCCUGGGGCCAGGCGCUGAGCCACGAGGGGCGCGAUCCGGCCGGACCCAGCCGAGUGCAGCUCGCCGCCCUGCUCCCUGCUGGCCAGCAUGUCCUUCGUCCCUGUGGCCGAGGAUUCUGACUUCCCCAUCCAAAACCUGCCCUACGGCGUCUUUUCCACCCCAGACAACCCGAGACCGAGGAUCGGCGUGGCCAUUGGCGACCAGAUCCUGGACCUCAGCGUCAUUAAGCACCUCUUCACCGGGCCUGUCCUCUCCAAACACCAGGAUGUCUUUGAUCAGCCGGCUCUCAAUAGCUUCAUGGGCCUCGGCCAGGCCGCCUGGAGGGAGGCGAGAGAGUCCUUGCGGAAUCUGCUCUCCACCAGCUGUGCCAGGCUCCGAGACGACACGGACCUUCGGAGACGGGCGUUCACGGCCCAGGCUUCUGCUGCGAUGCACCUGCCAGCCGCCAUAGGUGACUACACGGACUUCUACUCCUCCCGCCAGCACGCCACCAACGUGGGGAUCAUGUUCCGGGGCAGCGAGAACGCGCUCAUGCCAAACUGGCUGCACUUGCCAGUGGGUUACCACGGCCGAGCUUCCUCCGUCGUGGUGUCAGGCACGCCGAUCCGAAGGCCCACGGGGCAGAUGAGACCCGACGACGCUAAGCCCCCCGUCUUUGGCCCCUGCAAGCUCCUGGAUAUGGAGCUGGAGAUGGCUUUCUUCGUAGGCCCCGGGAACAACUUGGGAGAGCCGAUCCCCAUCUCCAGGGCCCACGAGCACAUUUUUGGGAUGGUCCUCAUGAACGACUGGAGCGCUCGAGACAUCCAGAAGUGGGAGUACGUCCCCCUUGGGCCGUUCCUGGGGAAGAGUUUCGGCACGACCAUCUCUCCGUGGGUGGUGCCCAUGGACGCCCUCCUGCCCUUUGCCGUGCCCAACCCGGAGCAGGACCCUAAGCCCCUGCCGUAUCUCCGCCACGACCGGCCCUACACGUUCGACAUCAACCUCUCUGUCACCCUGAAAGGAGAAGGAAUGAGCCAGGCAGCCACCAUAUGCAGGUCCAACUUUAAGUACAUGUACUGGACGAUGCUCCAGCAGCUGACCCACCACUCUGUCAAUGGCUGCAACCUUCGGCCAGGGGACCUCUUGGCUUCUGGAACCAUCAGCGGGCCGGAGCCCGAAAGCUUUGGCUCCUUGUUGGAGCUGUCCUGGAGGGGAACGAAGGCCAUCGACCUGGGGAACGGACAGACCAGGAAGUUUCUGCUGGACGGGGAUGAAGUCAUCAUAACAGAUCCACCCCUGAAGCCAGGGACCCGCGGGGGCUCCCUUCUGCCUCGACGUUUCAAAGCUCAAGCUCGAUGUUGAAAUAAAACACAUUCUCUUCUCCUACUCCAACAUGCUUUGAUAAGGACGAGACAAAAUUUCAAAGCUAUCUACGGCGUUUGAGGGUUGAAAAGGGGCAACAUAGCAAACUAAUUUAUUUUCCUUUUUUUUUUUAACUGAAGUUUAAUACCCAGUGACCUGUUGCAUUCGGACGUACGGUACAGGGAUUCGACACCCAUACGCCACCCGGUCGUCGCGAUCCCCUGUCUCACCCCACCCCCUCCCCUCUGCUGACCACCAGUCUGUUCUUUGCAUCAGACACAACAGUUUGAUCGCUGUACCUGAACAGUGUUGGCCGUUUCGGAUGACCGCUGAAGACCUACAGAUACAUGACUUGUUUCACAAACGUGUUCCGAGAAAGUUUUAAGGUUUAUUGCCUUCGUUUCGUUAGAAUCACUAUUUUGUCAUAGCCAGGCUUUUCGCACAACGUGGGCUCCAUUGACAGACGAAUCUCCGUGAUUACAAAAGUAAACCGACUUGUACUCAGAACGUACAAAAGGUAAAUAUUUUCACCCAAACCCUUAAGGUUAAAAAUUGCAAAACUAAACUUAUCCUCUGCGUUUUCUGCGUUAGUUUUCUUUGAUAAUAUUGAAACUUUCCACUAAAAUUGAAGGCACGACGUAAAUUGUAACUGAAGAAUGUUAACGCUUCGUAUCAAAACUAUUUAAAUCAGGCUGAAAUGUUUAAAUUUGUUAAAAAAAAAAAAGUUAAAUCCUUUCACAUAUGUCUCAUAAAAAUAACACCCUUUGCAGUCCUGAUGUUCAGCCUCCCCCUCGCAGCCAAAGUAGAUAAUUCGUAUCGCUCGUCA